ACCGCCGCCAAACUCGCCACAGAGGGUGAAUUUGCCACUGAGGAUGAAAUCGCGCAACAGAACGCCCUCAUUGCCCAGCUGCACUCCGCCUCCUCCCCCUACCACCGAUUCCGUAAGAUUUUGGCUACUGCUGUGGAUGGGGACGGUGAGGAGGAAGAAGACGCUGCAAUGCCAGACGUAUGACUAG